CUGGGAAACAUAUAACACAGGCAAAAUAAUGAAGUCGGCCGUGGUCUCAUCAGUCCUCGUCCUAUUCGUGAUUUUCGUGGCCUGCCCGGUAUCAGCUGGCUGGAAAGAUUUACCUGGAGCUGGAGGAUACGGAGGCGACGAGGACGAUGACAACGAGACUAAGUCAUGGUUUCCUUUGGACAAUCAGUUAUCUUUGAGUUAUUAUGAUAAGAUUUGUCCAGAUUUUGAGAAGAUCGUUGCUACCAAAGUGAGAGAAUGGACAAAAAAGGACUCCUCCCUUGGCCCUGCCCUCCUCCGCCUUCUCUUCCAUGAUUGCGGUGUCACGGGAUGUGAUGCGUCUGUUCUUCUCGACCACGAAGGAUCAGAGAGAAGAUCUCCGGCUAGCAAAAACCUAAGAGGCUUCGAGCUAAUCGACGAUAUCAAGUCCGAGAUCGAAAAGUCCUGUCCUGACUUAGUUUCCUGCGCCGACAUCCUAACCGCAGCUAGCCGCUACGCAACCCUCCAACUCGGUGGUCCUUACUGGCCUAACGCCUAUGGACGCCGUGACUCCACCGACUCUUACGCCAGAGAUGUCGAGAAAGUCCCCUCAGGCCACCGUGACAUCACUGGCCUUCUCGAGACAUUUCAGUCUUACGGACUCAAUGUUCUCGACCUUGUUGUCCUGUCCGGAGCCCAUACCGUCGGAAAAGCUUACUGUGGAACUAUCCAGUCUAGGAUUUACAACUUCAACGGAACCCAUGGAACUGAUCCAUCGAUUGACUCCAAAUACGCAGAUUUCUUGCGCCGCAAGUGUCGCCUGGCCUCAGAGACUGUUUACCUAGACGCUGUGACUCCGGUGAAAUUUGAUAAUCAGUAUUACAUUAAUCUUCAGAACAAUAUGGGAGUCUUGACGACCGAUCAGGAGCUUGUGAAAGAUCCCAGGACCGCUCCACUUGUAAAGGCUUUUGCAGAGCAGCCUCCUCACAUGUUCAGACAGCAGUUUGCUGUGUCGAUGGCUAAGCUGGUCAAUGUUGGUGUCAUCACUGGUGAAGAUCGUGUUGGAGUGAUCAGGAAGGUUUGCAGCAAAUCUAACUCCAAACCUUACUGA